UUCUCCUUCCCUUUCUCUCUGUAUCGCGGCGGUGGGUCGGUGCCGCUGUCUGUGGACCCCCACGUUCCCCUCGAAAUUUUCUGUUUUAAUUUAGAUGCCCUGUCCCCAAUUCGGCCAUUAGCGAUACCAAAUAAAGCUCAUCCUGGGGCAUCUUGAAACUGACGUUAGAUUAAUUAUUUCUCGGAAAUUAUAGCAUUUAUCCAGAAAAUGGCGGUGGUAAGCGGGUUGGCUGGGCCGGCUGUUGCCCGGCUCGAGGGCCGUGAAUUCGAAUAUAUGAUGAAAAAGCGCUCGGUAACCAUUGGGAGGAACUCGUCGCAGGGCUCUGUGGAUGUGAGUAUGGGCCAUUCCAGCUUCAUAUCCCGAAGACAUCUUGAAAUCUUUACAGCCGGCGAGGAUGGCACAGGCAGCGGUGACUUUUACCUGCGUUGCCUUGGCAAAAAUGGGGUGUUCGUGGAUGGGGUGUUCCUGAGGCGAGGUGCAGCUCCUCUUCAGCUUCCUAAAGUGUGCACCUUCCGUUUCCCCAGCACUAACAUUAAGAUCAACUUCACGGCGCUGCCGAGUGUGAAGAGGGAAAAGCGUGAAGCCCCCGAGUCGCCCAUCAAGCCUGUGCAGCCGCAGAUCUCCCCCCUCACCAUCAACAUCCCAGACAACAUUGCCCACCUCAUGAGCCCUCUGCCGUCCCCUACGGGGACAAUCAGCGCGGCUAACUCGUGUCCGUCCAGUCCGCGGGGCGGCGGCUCCUCCGGCUACAAAAUCGGCCGCAUCACCGCCUCCGACCUGCAGCUGAUCGGGGACAACUCUCACUCAGAGAACGACAAGGAGGCCUCGGGAGGAGACAGUCCCAAGGAUGACUCUAAACCCCCGUACUCAUAUGCACAGUUGAUAGUCCAGGCCAUAACGAUGGCCCAGGACAAGCAGCUGACACUAAAUGGCAUCUAUACGCACAUCACCAAGAACUACCCCUAUUACAGGACGGCAGAUAAGGGCUGGCAGAAUUCCAUCCGACACAACCUGUCGCUGAACCGCUACUUCAUCAAAGUGCCACGUUCCCAAGAGGAGCCGGGCAAGGGCUCGUUCUGGAGGAUCGACCCGUCAUGCGAGGGCAAGCUGAUCGAGCAGGCCUUCAGGAAACGACGUCCGCGGGGCGUACCCUGCUUCCGCACCCCGCUGGGGCCACUCUCGUCCAGGAGUGCCCCGGCCUCUCCAAACCACUCGGGGGUUCUCUCCGCCCACUCCAGCGGGGUGCAGACCCCUGACAGCCUAUCCCGUGAGGGCUCGCCUGUUCCCGCGGAGUCUGAGCCCGCCCCUGCUCCAGCCCCGCCCCCACCCACGACUGUGCAGCCCAAACUCGCCGUGAUACAAGAAGCACACUUUGCCCAAGGUACGUCAGGUUCACCUUUGGGCAGUCAGCCCGUGCUCAUCACCGUGCAGCGGCAGCUCCCCCAGACGGUGAAGCCCAUGACGUACGCGGUGGCGACGCCGGUCACGUCGUCCUCGCAGCAGCCCCUCAUGCAGACGGUGCACGUGGUGCAUCAGCUGCCCGCCGUGGCCGUCAGCAGCGUAGCCACCCUCACCGCCGCUAACACCUACACCGUCACCACGCAGAACGCCACCGGAGCCGCCACCAUCGCCGCGGCGGUCAAGAGUGAACCGCACCAGAACGGGGACCACAUUGAGGCCAAAGUGAAAGUGGAGGCCAUGCCCACCAUUACCCAUACUGCCCUCGGCUCGGCCGGCCGCAUCCUCCAGGGCAGCGCAUCAGGCCAGCCCCUGCAGACCGUCACCAUAGUGCAGCAGGCGCCGCUGGGUCAGCACCAGCUGCCAAUCAAACCCAUCACACAGAACGGCACCCACCUCCUGCCCAUCGCCACUGCCAUCCAGGCCACGGCUAGCCCAGUAGCCACGGCGGUGGCCAGCCCCCUGCACAUGCUCGCGACCCACGCCUCGGCCUCGGCCUCCCUCCCCACCAAACGGCAGAACGGGGAGCGGGAAUCUCCCAACGGCGCACAGCCCCCCGAGUCCAAGCGCCUGAAGACGGACUCGGAGGCCGGCGCCGGCCCAGACUCCAACUCAGCAGCACCGCCGCCGCCGCCAACCGCCACAGACACAGCAGCUGCAGCCAAAGACGAGGAAGAUGUGAGGAAGACCUUCUAAAGAAAGCAGACCACCCAAAGCCUCAAGCCCCUCCCCUGCCGUGAGCCAAGCCAAGCCAAGCCAGCAUGGCCCCUGAGCAGAGCUGCCCUGACAGGACGCCUUAAAUCACCUGGAUGUGAAGACUCCGCAGUGAGAGGCCGAUUUCCCCAAACCCAACCGGAACAACCACCACCACCACCACCACCAUCACGCUCCCCUAAGCCCUUUACCACCCCACCAUCUACCACCCUUCCAACCCAACCCACCCCCCACCCCACCAGGCCAGAGGAAAGGGGGCCAACCAGUAGCAUUUUUAAUAGGAGCCUCAUUGAGAGGGGUCAAUAGCCAGAACUUAGAAUCAGAACCAGACCUGGUGUAUUCAGCUCAAAGGGAUCAAAAGCACCGUUUCCUCCACGCAUCGUGGCAGCUAGCCUCCUCUUGAACUGAGACUGAUCCACUCCUUCCCCCUGGUCGCAGCUGUUCAAGUAGAAAUGCAGUAUUUUGUUGUUCAUACAUGAAGCAUAGGACCUUUUUUUUGUGUUUUGGUUGUACUUUCAUUUCUAUAGAGUAAAAGAGUAACAACAAAAAACUAUUCUAUUGACAAGAAAACAUGGAGACAGUGGUGGUGCAUUGACAUUUAGAAAAAAAUGAACUUUAAAAAAAAAAAAACACACAACUCGCAGCAUUUCUAUGUGGACUUAUGGUUUUAAUUCCAUUCUUUUUUCGGUUCGCUGAAACUGAGUGUAGUUUCUUUUCUAUGAUAAAAGAAUAACCAUAUAAGGAGUUUUUUUUGUUUUGUUUUGUUUUGUUGUUUUUGUUGUCACCGUUGCUGCCGAAUCGGGUUAGUUCUUGUGUUGUUCCACCUCCCUACAUGUUUUCAUACUUGCACAGAUAACUGAGAUAAAACAUUACGUGAUUGCCAUGUGUAGUUAUUCGGACGCUUCGUCGAGCUUGCAUGUACCAGAUUAGAGAAGAACCUGAGCCGGUAACUAUACAUUUAACCGAACUGAAGAAAAAAAAACAACAACCUGCUUUUGAAUCAGACCGAUCUGCACUUGAUUUAAUGUUCUUGUUUUUUUUUUUUAUUACUUUAUUUAGUUGUUUUUGUUUACUCCCCCUGCGGUUGUUUUUCCUUGGCUGUUGUUGGCUCCGUGGUGUUAGCAGACCCUUGCUUGAAGAAUCCCCCCUCCCCCAGUCCACAACCCUUUUUUCUGUUCCCCUGCUCUGGCGCGUCUGUCCUCAAGAUUGUAUGUGUUCACCGCGAAAGGCAAAAAAAUAAGCGAUCGAUGUUUGUUCUGCUUCAGUGGGUAAAAAUGCUUUUUUUUUAUAAAUUAAUUUAAAAACCUUAUCAACCUCAGAACUGGCUGUGUUUCCUUGCGUUUAUUCACACGACCUUAGGAUGACCUCUACAGUUGAGUAGAGGGUGUGGUGAUGUUUUCAAAUCAUUUCAGAAAUAUUUUAAUUGGGCCAAACAAAUUGUAUUUAAGAUAAGAGCAUUUUCUUUGUGAUAUUAAAGCCUGGGUUACAAAAAAUCACAGUUAAAAAAAAAAAAAACUAAAAAAAAUCGAAUGCCCCAAGGGCUUUUUCUGGUCAUAUGUAGGCAAAUACAACAACAGAAAUAUUUUAUUCACCUCAAGUCAGUGGGAAUAUAAACAAAGACUGUAAUUGAACUUCAAUAAAUACAACUAUCAUAUGUCCCAUGAA